AUGCCAGUUACCAGAAGCGCAAAAUCAUACCCCGUGAAUACCCAAGAAUCCUCGUCCACUGCUCCAACCUGUUCGACGGGCACCGACACGAUCACGGGGACCGAAAAGACCGCUACAACUUCAGAACACACGCGCUCCACGUACGCCACACGUACAACCGGUGCAACUGUGGAAACCGACGUGACGAUCAGACAAAUCGACGCUGCGCCGACUGCCACCUCGCCAGUCUCCCAACUAGUAGAGAGACCCGAAGCCGGCGCCACUACAAGCGAAGCACCACGGAGAAUAUGCUCUCCUAAAUCUGUUCGAUCUUUUCGAUCCGGUUCUUCGAACAGUCGUCGUAAGAAGCUAGCGGAAGCGCAACAAGAAUUAUUGAAGCUGAAAAUCGAUUUAUUAUCUGCAAAGAUCGCGGCAAUGGAAGAGGAAUCGGACGAAGACGAUCCAGAGGAAGCCACGAUCCGCGAGGAACGCACAUCGGAGUGGAUUCGCACAAGCACUAUUGGGUUGAGAAGAGAAGAGCAGGAAGACUACACUGCCGCCACACGUACGAAGGAAGAUAUAUUGAAGGGAAGACCUGCCGAAUCACAGGCGCCGCCGCCGACGCGCGACGUCAUUCGACAGGAAAAAAUCUCCACGUACGCGGCACCUGCAACAGCUGGGACCAGGUGCCCCCCCACCAACUACGCGGGGGGAGCGCCCCCCUCUACAUACGUCACGCACACAAGUGAGAGACAACAGCCGCAAUACUAUCGUAACAACGACGGCCACCUGGAACAUAAGCCGCCGAGCGACAUAUGUUACGAAAAGUUAGCAACGGCGAUCACUACUGCGGCACGAGCGAUUCAACCCACUACUGCAAGACUUCAAGAAUUACCCAUAUUCAACGGUUCGUCAAGCGACUGGCUGCCGUUCAAGACAGCCUAUGAGGAAUCUGCAGGACUGCUUACAGAACAAGAGAACCUGGCGAGGCUCCGGAGGAGCUUGAAAGGCACCGCUAGGGAAGCAGCUCAAUGUUUAUUCGUCGGAGCCACGUCCUCCAACGAAGUAAUGAGCUUACUGACAUCAAGGUUCGGUCGUUCGGACGCGCUCGCACUGGCCGAACUGAGUAAGCUACGCACCCUUCCACGUCUGGGCGAACAUCCGAGAGACAUCUGCAACUUCGCAUCGAAGAUCAUCAACGUCACGGCCACAUUGAAGGCGCUAAACAGACCGCAUUAUCUACACAAUGCCGAGAUAGUACGCGCCGUGGUUGAGAAGCUGCCUUCAGCAUUGCGCUAUCGAUACUAUGACUUUGCUGCGGAACAGCCAGAAUACCAACCUGACCUAGUAACCCUGACCGAGUUCAUGCAACGCACAGCUGCACGUUGUGGGAGCUACGCGCCCGUCGAGAACACACCUGUGGAAGACCGGCGGGAGCCAGCAGGCAGGAGACCCAUGAAGAGCUGCCACACUCAAAUAGCGAAGCCAGCCGCGCACGAACAAGUUACUACGUGUCCUAUUUGCGACAAGACGGGUCAUCAUGCGGCGCAAUGCGACGAAAUGAAGACAGCAGAUGUGACCACCAGGUGGGACGUAGCACGCAAACACAGGCUAUGUUUCCGCUGUUUACGAACACGCAAAUUUCGCCAUACGUGUAAGAACAAGAGGUGCGGCAUCGACGGUUGCGAGUACAUGCAUCAUUCACUGCUGCAUGGCACUCCACCCUCAUCAAAGGAGAAGAAAGAAGCUCCUGCAUCAUUUGUUGUGGCAUCAGCAAAAGACAGAAGCAACACCACCGCGCUACUGAAGGUACUCCCUGUGCAAGUGAGGGGCCCCAAGGGUACGUGCAACGCACUCGCACUACUGGACGACGGGUCAACGUGCAGCCUGAUUGAGGCGGCGCUAGCAAGAAGGAUCGGCGCAGCGGGUACACCAGCACCCUUUUACAUUGAGGGUGUAGCCGGCACGCGAAUCAACGUUGGCGAAUCGCAACAAGUACGCAUUUCUCUGCGCGGGCGCGACACGAAUGAGCAUACAAUAACAGCCCGCACCAUGAACAACUUGAAGCUAUCGCCGCAAGCAGUGCCACGUAACGUCAUACGAGCUUGCCCCCACCUGCACGACUUAGAAGAGCAUCUCAUCUACGAAGAGGGAUCACCUACGAUACUGCUGGGUCAAGACAACUGGCAUCUUUUACUCACACAUGCCGUGCGACAAGGGGACCGACACCAACCGAUCGCAACACUCACCGAUUUAGGUUGGGUUCUACACGGCACUAAGAGAUCGAGUGAAAGAGUCAACACCCACAAAGUACUCCACGCUGUCGCCCCUGAUGAUGAAGAGUCCAUGGAGCAGAUGAUGAGGGAACACUUCAGCCUCGAGUCAUUGGCUGUCACACCGAGACGCAGCCACAACGACGACGAGCGACGAGCACUGCAACAACUAGAAGAUAAAACCCGCCGUUUACCGGCGGGAGGCUUUGAAACCGGUCUUCUAUGGCGUAACGAGCACGUUCAUCCACCUGACAGCUACGACGUGGCGUUAAGAAGAUUGGAACUAGUUGAAAAGAAACUCGACCGCGACGAGGUACUGAAAAAGAGAUACGAAAAACAGUUACAAACACUGUUCGACAACGACUACGCAGAAAUAGCGCCACCCCAUAAGAACCCGAAGACUUGGUAUUUACCCCAUUUCGCCGUCAUCAAUCCACAGAAGCCAGAGAAGCUCAGAUUGGUCCACGACGCCGCUGCCAAAGCCAAAGGAGUCAGCCUGAACGACAUGCUACUACCAGGCCCGGACUUAAUACAAUCCCUGCCCGGCGUGUUGAUGAAGUUCCGUCAGCGACCAGUAGCGGUAGCAGCCGACAUCAGAGACAUGUUUCUUCGUGUGACCAUACGAGAGGAAGAUAGAGACAUGCAACGCUUCCUGUGGAGAGGAGACGACCGAGAUCGCCAACCGACCGAGUACCGUAUGAAGAGUGUCAUAUUCGGCGCCACAUCAUCUCCCUGUACUGCUAUCUACGUAAAGGACAAGAACGCGGAACACUUUCGUGCUCAGUACCCCGAGGCGACAGCGGCAAUCAUCGACAACCAUUACGUCGACGACUACCUAGCGAGUUUUGACGACGAAGGAGCGGCCGUACGCAUAUCCACACAAGUUGCGUACAUACACAGCCGCGCGAACUACUUCCUGCAACGUUGGGCAUCAAACUCGCGCCGAGUACUAAGCACGCUAUCACCGGGGUCGAAAGGCGACAUACUACAACUGGACAGCACGAAAGUACUGGGCAUGGUGUGGCAACCAGAGGAAGACACCCUGUCUUUCAACAUCAACACUCACAAAACACCGGCGGAAGUAUACAACGGGGCAAGAACACCAACUAAAAGGGAGGCGCUACGCACUACGAUGUCCAUAUUUGAUCCAUUGGGCAUCGCCACUCCAGUCACCAUACAAGCGAAGCGCAUCAUACAAGACACGUGGCGCUCAGGCAUCGAUUGGGACACCCCGUUAGAAGCGCCCGAAGCGGACGCCUGGAGCAGAUGGCUGGAAGAUGUACGACGACUCGCCAAGAUAAAAGUACCGCGCUGCUAUAUGAAACUUAGUCACGCGCGCGGCAUCCAGUUACACACAGUGAGCAACAACGGUCACCAGCCGUGCUUGAUGGAGACCACCCGUGGGUGCGACUGUAUAUCGCCUGGAUACACAAACAGACGCACCACGGAGGCUUCGGCAUCACCACCAGCGAGGUACGACAGCACUACUGGCUCCUACGACUACGCAACGCUGUGCGAAGCGAACUGA